AGCCAGAGACUCUCGUUGACCUAGUUUGUGUGACGCAGGGAGGUAAACAGAAGAGCAAAGGUGUAUUCCCGGGGUGGUGCGACCAUGGCUGCGGAACUUCUGGCUUCGCGUUUGCCAGAGUUUUGGACAUACGGGGUCACGCAAGAUGGACGGAUUUUCUUCAUAAAUGACCAAAGGGGGAUAACAACGUGGCUUCACCCCGUCACUGGCCGUCCUGUGGAGACCGGACAUUUCACAGAGACAGGUCUCCCCCCUGGCUGGGAACAAGGUGUCACCCCAGAAGGAGCUAUUUACUACAUUGAUCAUAAUACAUUCACCACUACAUUCGAUGACCCUCUGACCGGGCCUGGACCCCCGCCUUACUUACAAGAACGAAGCCAGCCGGUGAGCCCUGCAUCCCCCAGACCUGUGGACCCCAGACAGCCACAACAAAGGAAAACAAAUAGACAAAAAGUGUUGGACAAAACCCCAUCAGCCAAAAGAACACAGCAUUCCACGGUGUCUAAACGGGCCUGGUUAUACAGACAGGAGACAGCGCCAUUAAAAUCCUGGAAAAAGCGAUGGUGUGUUUUAGCAGAUUUCUGCUUACAUUUUACAAAGAAAUACAAAAAAUGGAAAAAAGGUGAAAUCUCCUCUAUCCUGUUGCCUAGCUAUAAAGUCAGCCAUUGUAACCUACGGGAUGGCAUAUCAAGACGGUUUGCCUUCAAGAUUGAACAUGAGAAUAUGAAGAGUCACUUCUUUGCGACAGAAAACUUAGAGGAGCUGGACAGUUGGACAAGGGCUAUUGAGCUGGCUACAAUGGCUCAGUCAGACCUCAACCAAGAAAGAGGGUACGAUCCUGAGCAUAAUAACAACUAUUACAAGACUUCCCCUGGCCAUCAGCCCAGCCCCCACUGGCAUGGAGAAGGCUACCCCCCAGGGAUGGACUUUCCUGAACAUAGGCACCAACACCCCCCUCACUAUCAUCAACCUCCCUCUCAGCGGGGCAGUCUGGACUACCCCCAGAGGACCCCACCUCUCCACCCAGGUUAUCCUGGCCAGACCCCGAGCCCCAGGGAUUCAUACAGCAGGCAACCCCAGGAUAUGGAGCGUCCACACAACAGACUGUCCCACUCUUAUAACUCAUACCCGGAUGCGGAGCAUAGACACAGGCCAGGUAACUUCCAGGACAACUUGGGCACUCACCAGGCUCCACGCGACAGAGAUUCUUACACCCAACAUCCGCACAGUCGUAAUACAAGCAGCGCAGACCUCUCUCACCCUCAGGCAUACCCGGGUAAAAGCAGCUUGAACCACAGCCAUCAAGGGCCAGAGUACAACUACCCACAUGAACGUGGAAGUUACUCAGAGCAACCACAACGUGGAAGUUAUGCUCAAGUUAGGGACAUUCCUCCACGAGGAAGUUAUGCUCAAGAUACGGAACGAGAUAUUUCACAACAUGGAAACUAUGUGCAAGAUAGGGACCAGCCACCACGAGGAAGUUAUGCCCAAGAUAGGGAGCAAGAUAUUCCACAACGUGGAAGUUACGCCCAAGAUCAGGACAUGCCACUGCAUGGAAGUUUUGCCCACGAUAUGGAGAUUCCACAACGUGGAAGUUAUGCACAAGAUAGAGAACUACCACCACGUGGAAGUUAUGUCCAAGAUAGGCACGUGCCACAUCGUGGAAGUUAUGCCCACGAUAUGGAGAUUCCACAACGUGGAAGUUAUGCACAAGAUAGAGAACUACCACCACAUAAGAGUUAUGCCCAAGAUAGGGACGUGCCACCUCAUGGAAGUUUUGCCCACGAUAUGGAGAUUCCACAACGUGGAAAUUAUGCACAAGAUAGAGAAUUACCACCACGUGGAAGUUAUGCCCAAGAUAGGGACGUGCCACCUCAUGGAAGUUUUGCCCACGAUAUGGAGAUUCCACCACGUGGAAGUUAUGCGCAAGAUCGGGAUAUUCCACCACGUGGAAGCUAUGCCCAAGAUAGAGACCUGCCACCCCGUGGAAGUUAUGCCCAUGAGAGCGAUAUUCCACCACGUGGAAGUUAUGCCCAAGAUCGGGAUAUUCCACCACGUGGAAGCUAUGCCCAAGACAGAGAACAACCACCGCGAGGAAGUUAUGUCCACAGUCCCUCAGAUCACAGGGGAGAAAACAUGAGUGGUCAUUGGCAGUUUGAUAAAAAAGAUAUGGAUGACCCCGAAGUGAUUUAUGCUAAGGUUAGGCGUGAUAAACCAGCUGCUAAAACUGUCCAGGAGAGGCCAGACUUACAAAGUAGUUAUGACUCUGUCAGGGGACCACACCACCCCUCUGCUGAUGCGGGCUAUCAGAGAAACUCUCAGAUCUAUGCUGUACCACACAGAAACCACAUUAAUGAUGGUCGACACCCUAAGGAUUUGGUGGAUCACCACAAACAGUAUCCAGGUGUGAACGCAAACCUCCCAGGAAGCUAUGCAUAUGAGAAUAUGUCAGAUGAUGCUAGAGAUAGAACAAGGGGCAGCCGUGAACACUUGUUUGACGACAACCCUUCGAGACCUGCGUUACCAGCAAACAUUAGGCAGCAGAUCGCCGAGGAGCUGGCCCAGACGAAGACACCUGUCACACAGCAGGAUCUACUCCUAGCCGCACAGAACGAAAUCCAUAGACAUCAGAAGGCAAAUUUCUUCCAGUACCCUUCACCCAAGGUCCCAUCCAAAUAUGACCACUCUGGACAGGUUGCACCAGGUGAUCGAAUCCAUUCCCAUGGGCACUCAAAUUACAGUGGUGAUAUGAGAGAUCAUGAAAAGUCAUCAGGUUAUUCCAGACAUAAUUACAAUCCCAUGGGGAGUCCACCGCAUGGUGGUGGUGGGCGGAGACAUUUGUCAGCCCAGGACAGGUUACCACCAAUAGAAACAGUGAAAGAAGAUCCCAGCAUGGCAGACUCAGAUAUUCUGGAAACAAAAAAUAUUCUCCCAAGAUAUCCAAUAAAUGGUACAAGACUUCGGCUGAGUUUGAAUGCAGAAAAUCUUCUUGGAAAAUCUCAUGAGGAGCUAGUGCUACUGUUGAUUCAGCUGAGGAGAAACAAGUCAGGUUUGGAGCAUGCCCGGGACUUCUACCGUCACCAAAUUGAGCAACACCGCUUAAGUGAACAGGAAUAUAGACGAAGAAGUAGUGAGGGUUCACCAACUGACCCCAGACUAGAGCAGAAUCACAGAAGGUAUGCAGAGCUCAAGAACAGGUGUGAGGAUAUCGAGAAAAAGCUGGAAGUGUACCGACCCCUCAUCAACCUGGUAGACAACAUGGUGACAAUGGGCAGUCUGUACGGAGGAGAUAACUACAUGCUGGCCACACAGUACAAGAAGCACCUGUUGCGCCCCGACCAGUACACGCCCCCAAAGCGCAUGUUGGAGUUCUCCCGUCAGCAUCAGGAGGAUCGUAUGAUGCAGGAAAUCGAGGAUGAAAUUAAACAGCUCAGCCGAGAAGAGGUUGACCUUGAGGAGAAGAUGGAGCGGUUGUACGAUCUGGACAGAGCCAUGUUUGAGCAGUCUACCAUGGUGACCAGUCUCAAGGAGGAUAAGGACUUACUAGAGAGGACCCUUGAGGACAUCUGCAAGAUGCAGGAUCAGCAUAGGAACAACCCUCGAGAGCUCGAUCGGCUGACCAGGCAGCAGAGAGACAUCGAGAAAAACUUGUCCAGAGUGAUGCACCAGCUGGCUGAUGCCUCCAAGUUGUUAGAGGAAACGACAGCCGAGAACAACCUGGUGGAGAGAGAAGUAGCUCUGUUACGGUCUUCGGUGUAUGGAGACCUGACCAGGAGUAAGAGCGCCCCAUCACUGACGAGUGAUUCGGUAAAGACACGUAUGAAGCUGGAGAAGGACUUGGCUCGUGUACAGGACAUGAUGUCUGGGCUGAACCAGAAGGGGGCCAAACUCUCCCAGGCCAUGAACACACUGAGGAGAUCCUCAUCCAACUAUGCUAUACCCAGCGAAGACAAAGUUGAGCCAGCACACAAGGACAGGCCUGGUACUUACAACGAGACUGACCUGGACUCUGCUAUUACAGUGGACAUCAGCACAAACAUCAGUGACAGCCGAGUAAGUCACCCCCCUGAGGAAGACAACCACUACCCUCCCACCUACACACAGGUGUGUAAACCAGGAGUGGGCGGGUCUAAAGGGCCAGACUACGAGAACUCCUCGUUCUACGAAAGCAUGGAUCACAGCUACAGCCCCGCAGGUCUGCGCAGUAUGUACCCACAGCACGCAUCACAGCCGGACCUCACCAAGUUCAAACCCAUACAGGACGAGAGGGAUGGGCUAAACCGCAGCUCCGACAGUGCGCUGAGGAUGGGCGGGCGCAAAUCUGGCUCUGAGGACUUUCUGAACCGCUCUGGUCAUGACAGAGGCCAUGGACACCCUCCUCUCUACAGUCAGAGCUAUGACAGAGACGGGCCUAACCACAACUCUGACAGCCGUCAUGGGGUGAGUGCUGGGAGCUCAGGCUGGGAGGAUCUGCUGAAUCAGUCAGGCCAGGGCGACGCCCCCCGCUACAGCCACAGAUAUGAGAGGAGUGAGCUAGUAGACAUGGUGGGGCAGGAGGAACCUGACCCAUGGGGCAGUGUCCCUCAGCUCAGUCAGCCUCAUCAUAGACACCAGCAAUCCCUAGUUGGUGAAGAAGAGGCUCUCCUGGAGGGAAGGCAUGACCAAAUUCCAUGGGAUAUUGGGGAAGCUGAUGACAAUACCAAGCGCUUUUUUGGUAUUAUCCCCAAAGAGAAGCCUAAGUUGCUCACAGUGCGUGACGUGAAGCGACAGGCAGAACAGAGACGAGAGAGGGAAAAGUUUCGCCGUGGUCCCGGGGAUGAAAUAGACUCUGACUUAGCAGAUCAGUCUGACUACAUGUUAUCACCAACGGAUCACUCUUACUCGGAGUGGGACGCCCGGGGUCAACCUGUAGGUGCGUACCAUGAUGCCGAGAGGGGCGGGAUGUUCACAGCCACCAUGGCGAGGACGGUUGCCUUGGGUGAUAACACUAAUGGCCUCCGUCUCUAUGAGAACCUCCCAGGCAGCGAUGAUGAGGGACAGAAUGGAGACGCUGGCCAUGAGCCUCGUCAGAGACGUAACCCGUCUAUAGUGUCACUUCCACCCAGUCUACUAGGGCCCAAACCGUUCACGCCUUACCAGGACGCCUUGGUCACUCAGUUCAGCGAGAGUAACAAGACUGGUGAGGGUUACAAACCUUCCUCUUCCUUCAUCACACGACCGGUCAAGGCUGACCUGGUCACGUCCUCAACACCGCUUCUCUACGCUCCUAAACCCUUCACCCGGGAUAGCUCCGGCCUCCCAUCAGCUGUGGUGAAGAAGACAAAAUCUCCCCGACGUGGGGCGCGGUACCUGACCAUCUCCAGCAGCCAGCCUCUCACUCUGGAGACACCCACAGUGAAGGCUGAUAUCAUGAACACUGCAGCAGGAGACUUGAUACGACCUGUGGAUAUGGUACCGGACAUAGUGAAGAGCUCUACAACUAACCCUGACAUGUUUGAUGAGUUGGCCAUAGAGAGAGACAUUUUGGGUUUUCCUGAGAAGGUGAACAUACCUGAGCGCUACGUUCCAGACUCGGACGAUGAUGAUCUGACAGAGGAGGAGAAACGCUGGCGCCAGGAGAGGUCGGAGAGGAUUAAGCGUGUCCUCACCAAUCAGAGGAUUUGUCUAAGUCUGAGAUUGGUGUCGGGGAGUGGUGUCCACGAGAAGGUACAGGAACAGAAGCAGGCCAGAGAGCACCUGUUAAUGUUACAACAGGACCGCAGACAAGUUACCCUCAAGAGUCGACAGGCAGCGGAGCGGAGAAAAACAUGGUCCAGUGAAGUCCAGCCCAGAGAGAGUUUUUACCAGGAUGGCGACAGCUUUGAGGAGUAUGGUUAUCACAGAGGCAGCCCUAGUCAGGGGUAUCACUCCCGGCAGAGGACCCUCUAUGCCUGAGCUAGGGGUCAUCUCCACAAGACAAAUCUGGGAGAAGAGAACUGACAACCCAACAUAGAUCACAUCUGGGCAACUCAGGUGUCCUUAUGUCCACAAAGGUGUUCACAUGGCAGACCUUAUGUCCAAUCAGGUGUCUUUAUUUCAGCACAGGUGUCCUCAUGUCAGCACAGGUUUUUCAUAUGUCCACACAGGUGUCCUCAUGUCAGCAAAGGUGUCCUCAUGUCCACACAGGUGUCCUCAUGUCAGCACAGGUGUCCUCAUAUCCACACAGGUGUUCUCAUGUCCACAAAGUUGUCCUCAUGUCAGCAAAGGUGUCCUCAUGUCCACACAGGUGUCCUCAUAUCCACACAGGUGUUACCCUGACCACACUAUACAUUGACAAAGCUGCAUCAUGGCUUCCGUAUGGGUGAUUUUUUCUCUGUCCACAGGGGUGGAGGCUAAUCCAACAACAUGUGUAUUCAGGUGCUAAAGUGUUGUUUUUUUUUUUUUUACAUUAUCAGCAGAACGGACAAAUAAAUACUCCACUCUUGCUAUAUUAUGGCCAUGAUAAAGCUGUACGAAACAAAAUUCACCACAUUUAGAUCAAAUGUUUCAUAGCUGCCAAGGGGUAAACAUACCAUUUCAUCUCAUGUCUUGAUUAUCAUUGUAGCAAUUACUCAAACUGGUUAAGCGAGUAGUUAUUUUUUAAUGCCUUUAAUCAUGUAUAUACAAUAAGAAGUCGUGUGUCUGUUCUGGGAAAUAGUGGAUUUAGAAAGAAGAUUUCUGUAGAAGGGAAAGAACUCUAAUUCAAAUGUAUGAGAGGAGGUAAUUGACAUAUGACCUCCAUAUGUCAGUCGCUAAGAUGUAUGUGAUGUAAAAAGAGGCAUAUUUUACACUUUACUACACAUAAUUAUCCUUGCCAUUUGUUACUCAUAAGAUUUUUAUAAAAAGUGUUUACCAACUGAAUAUCCAUCCUGUGUCUUUGUAUAUAUAUAACAAAGCUUGCAUGUCUAUUUUACUUACAUAUCUAUUAACCCAGUAAUAUUUUUCUAUACAUUGUUUAUAUCUCAUCAUUCCUUGUUGGGUUUAAAAUAUUAUUAACAUUAACAAUGUAAAUUAGCUAUUCUACAACGGGAUUUGAUUGUUGUUAAAGAGGUUGUCUCCUAAUUUGUCUAGAUUUUUAUGUUUGUAAACGUGAGGUUGUGAGCCUAAGCUGUUUAUAAAGUUUAUACUAGAGUUGUGAAGAGAAUGUUGUCUCUGUACUAUAGAAAACAUUACUUCUUUAAUAACACUAAUAUUUUUUUUUCGUAAUGUAGUAUCCUUUAACCCUCCUAUUAUGAAAUACCUGGAGUAUCAGAGCCCUAUCCACUCCAUAACACAUACAUGUACACAAUGAUUAAACAUUUUGUACCCAGUAACAGAGGUACUUACAAUCUUAUUAAAGUAUGCAUAUCACUUUCUUUCGUUAGCAUCAUAUUUACUAGCUUAAAGAUGUUAUUUUAUGUUGGAUGGGAGAUAAGGAACAAACCUUGUACGCCAAAAACAUCAUGUGUUUGAAAUGUCUGACGACAGCAGAUUUUAACAUUUCGUGUAUGGUAGUCCUGUGAAUGUUGCCCUGGUUCCCGAUGUGUGGCUGGGUAUUCCGGUCACCACUACUUCGUGACAGCGAAGGAAAAGUGAACUGAUGAGGUGAUGAACAAGAUGAUUUAUAGAUUUUGUCAAGUACUCUCAGAGUUUGGGACGACCAGUGUCUUAACUGAAGAAAUCGGAAAUGGAUGGGAAAUCUCAUGCUUUUCUGACGGAUCCUUGAGUAACUUGAGACUAGUACGGGUGUUAAGUGAGUGAAAUCUAAAUGCAUAUUUAUAUAUCGCUUAUUAACUGACUCUACUCAACCAUAUCUGAAAACGUCACAGAUAAAGUUAAUGACGUUGAGUGGUAUUCGCCAGUCUAUUCAUUGCAUACCACUGACUGUGUAUUAAAAUAUGACCUUAUUAUUUGAGGGGUAUUUUUGAUUGAUUCUGAAAUGGAACUUAAAUUGGAAUGCAUAACGUUGAACAAAUUUUAGAAAUCUUUACUCUACAUAUUUUGUGCGUUCCAUAGUGAUAGCUAUUUGUAUAGAUAUAAAGAUUACCUCUGUACUGGAUUAUUUUCACAUAUCAGUAUAUUUAGUCACCUCUGUUUUCACUAAUCAGGUCACUAAUGCUACUGGGCCACAUACGCGUAAGGCAGAGUUGUCUUGUUAAACAGGAUUGAAGCGAACACACACGUGUUCUUUGCAAUUAAACCUGCAAAUGUCGUCAUACUUUUAAGCAAGACAAAAGAUUAGUAGCUUGCACAUGUAUAUGCAACUGAUGUAUUUUGAUACUGGGUAUUGAAGAAUUGCAAAUCAGAAUUUGACUACUGCCUGCCGAAAGAAACGGAGACAACAUUUUAAGACGUUAUUCUGCUAAAUAUAAUCAAGGCCAGCACCUUUCUGAAACCACGUGUAAAAAAAAAAAUAACAGAAGAGCUGUUUUAAUUUUGUGAGAGAAAUAAAAUGCAUAUUUAAAACUUAGGGUUAGUUACAAAUAUGCAUUCGCUGCAAAAGAUCACAUUUCUUAACCGUCCUGCAUGAUUUGUUUUUUGAAGAAUAAAGCCUGUCCAUAUUGUGAUGUAUUUGUUAAAUGCAGGGUACUCUGUCUUUGAGAUAGCUGUUAACAUUCCAGGUAUUUCCUGGCUAUUUCUUUGGUGUAUUUUUGUAGAAAGGAUGCAGUAUAUCGGGAGAGGAAGGGUGACUCAAAAUUAUCUCCAUGUACUUCAUUUACGACUAAAUAUUUCAUGUCAAGGCAUAAUGUCUAUGAAUUCCUGACAAUAUCUGUGCAAACUGUAUAAAUAUAAAUUUCUUGCACAAUUGUACAUAAAACGAAGUACCGACAUGCUCAGUUAUUUAGUACAACAGCCAAGCGUUAUCAGUAUAUGCAAGGUUAUAUGAUCUAAUCACUGUUUCAGGAUAUGAUGUAUACAUAUAUAUAUAUCACUUCUAGCGAUAUAGUUAACUACUUUGUUAACAUUUAUGAAUGCCUUGAAAUACAUAUAUAUGUUUUUAAUAAAGAGUUUUUUGUAUUGUA